AUGUCAGCUUUUACUCCAAGAAAAAAGAAGCAGCGUUCUUUGAGCUGUGACAAGUGAAAAUUAAUUUUGGACUUUGCUGAAAACGUAUUUCCAUCACCUGAUCAAAAAUACAUUUCCCAAAGCAGUGAUAACAAUGAAGAAAAAGUACUUUGCUCUCAGCAAGGCCAUUUCAUUUCAAGUCCAUUCAAAACAACUGAAAAAUCCAGAUUGGCAUCUGCAAAUCAAGGUUCACCAUUUAAAUCUGCUGUGUCUACUGUAUCCUUUUACAACAAAGAUCAGUGGUAUCUGAAUCCAUUAGAGAGAAAGCUGAUAAAAGAGAGUAGAUCCAUUUGUCUAAAAACUAAUAAUGAAGAUAAAUCUUUUCCCAUUGUGACAGUCUGCUCCAAGAAGAUAAACAAAAAGCCACAAAAGUGUUUAACUUCUAAAUAUCAACCGAAAUAUAAAUGUAUCAAGCCUGUAUCAAAGAAUUCUAAAAAAUCCAAGCAAAAUCGAGUGGCCUAUAAACCAGUUGUGGAGAAAGAGAAUAAUUAUUACUCAGCUCAAAAUAAUCUGAAUGCUCCUCGGGUUCUAAGCCAAAAAGUCAAACCACAAGUUACACUCCAGGGUGGAGCAGCCUUUUUUGUUAGGAAAAAGUCCUGUCUUAGAAAAUUGUCUUCAGAAAACAAGCCAUUACUGGAACUCACGCAGAAGAAUCCAUCAGAAGUGAUUGAAGAUUCUGGUGUAGAGACUGUCCGUAAAAGAAAAGGUUUUGAGACAAGGCAAGUGCCAAAGUGCUUGUUACUAGAAAAGGAACCGAAUGUUGAACUGCUUUGUGCAAGAAGUAAAAAUGGAGAGAAAUUAAUAAAGGAUUCAUCAGGUGGAGUAGUUUCUUCAAGAGAAUGUAAACCUAAUGAAAAUAAAUGUUUUCCUUCAGAAGAUUCUCUCAGUGAAAACAAGGCGGUUUCUCCUGAUUCUGUUGUCUACCCGAUCUUCAGUGUGUCUUCAGUCAAUACAAAAAGAUCUUUAGUUGAACAGUCUUCUGUGGGAUCCAUCAUAUCUGCUAACCUCUUGAAACAGAUCAAUACACAGAAAAGUACUAAUACUAGAGAUACAAAUAAAGAAACAAAAGACCAGCUCAUCAUUGACGCAGGUCAGAAACAUUUUGGAGCCACCAUGUGUAAGUCCUGUGGCAUGAUCUACACCGCAUCCAACCCUGAGGAUGAAAUGCAACAUGUCCAGCAUCACCACAGAUUUCUGGAGGGGAUCAAAUAUACAGGCUGGAAAAAAGAACGUAUAGUAGCACAGUUUUGGGAUGGGAAAAUUUUGUUGGUCCUGCCACAUGAUCCGAGUUAUGCUAUCAGAAAGGUAGAAGAUGUCCAGGAACUUGUUGAUAACGAAUUGGGCUUCCACCAAGUUGUUCCCAGAUGUCCAAACAAAACCAAGACUCUUCUCUUCAUAUCUGAUGAAAAGAGAGUAGUUGGGUGUUUAAUUGCAGAGCCCAUCAAACAGGCCUUCCGUGUCCUGUCCGAACCAACGGGUCCAAGCUCUAAAGAAUGUCAUCGGGCUUGGCAAUGUUCAGAUGUACCAGAACCUGCAGUCUGUGGAAUAAGUAGAAUCUGGGUCUUCAGACUGAAACGAAGAAAGCGCAUUGCAAGACGACUGGUGGAUACUCUCAGGAAUUGCUUCAUGUUUGGCUGUUUUCUCAAGACUGAUGAAAUAGCAUUUUCUGACCCAACACCAGAUGGCAAGUUAUUUGCAACCAAAUACUGCAACACCCCUAAUUUCCUUGUAUAUAAUUUUAAUAGUUAA